UGUAUAUAUAUGCUGCUUUUGAUGGAUUAAUGCAAGAAACCGCCUAUACUUGUGAUACUUUACUGAUUUGUGGUUACAUUUUGUUUUCCAGUAUACAAGUUUACUGAUUUGAUUCCACCUUUUAUGUGAAAUUUUGUCAUUAUGUUGCAAUCGUUUGUCAUGAAAUCUAGAACAGGAUACAAAACAUUUCUUGAGAAAUUGUUAGUUUCUUGAUUACAUAUUGGGUAAAAGACCAAAUCAACAAAGAGUAAUUGGUGGUUACUUUUGUUGGAUCUGAAUACCUGAUCUAUAGCAAUCCUUAUUCCUUACUACCUUUUUCCCAAUGAUAAUGCUCCUCCUCUGUACCUAAACAAACUUUAUGUAUACUUUCACGGACCGUCCCACACUCCCAAAAUAUACUUCACCUAACAAAUGUUAGCUUGUUUUACAGCGGGGGGAUGCUUACUUUCUUUAUAUAGCCUGCUGCUUCGUAUUUCUUAAGAGAGAGUGGAUAAAAAUAAUGAUUUUUCUUUUUAUGCACACAAUGUAAGUCUGAAACAUUGAAUAGGACAGAACUUAGGGCAAAACAAGGACUAUAGAGAGUCAUUUGAUGUUGCAGUAGCCAGAGCAGUUGCAGAUAUGAGAGUUUUAGCUGAAUAUUGUCUUCCUCUUGUCCGAGUUGGUGGCUUGUUUGUUGCUGCAAAGGGACAUGAUCCUCAGGAGGAAGUGAGAAGAGCAGAGAGAGCAAUACAUUUGAUGGGUGCAACUAUAUUGCAAACUUGCAAUGUUGACUCACACAGCAAGUAUGGGCAGAGAACUGCUGUUGUAUGUGUGAAAGGCGGUCCGAGCCCAAAGAAAUAUCCCAGAGAUCCAGGAACUCCGGCAAGGUCACCACUCUAAAUGUGCGCGCCCUCCACAGCCGCACAUCUGAAGUGCCAAACAUAUCAAAUAUUUUGCAUAUAGCGGAGAAUUUACCGAGUUUGAAGGGGAGGCAAGCAGGUUGGAGGGUGGGCAAUGCAUGCAUAACAAUUAACAAAGCAAAUAUUCUGUAUCAUCAUGGAAAAACAAAUGAAUGUUUGAUUUGGAACAGAGCAUGUCCUAACAAUUAACAUCACAUAUCAUGUGAACAAACUAAUUCUUUUUUG